AAGGAAAAGAGGAGGAAUUCAGAGGAGCAGAGGAGGGAACGCAGGGCAGGAAGGAAGGCAGGAGGAGAGAGGACGGCACUCCAGCGGCAGCAUCCAAAGGCCAGAGUGGGGACCCUUGCUGCCUCCGCCACUCCUCGGAUGGUGACGGGGCCCCGCCGCGGCCGCAGCCCCCCCCGCGCCCCGGCUCUGCAGGCCCGCAGCGCCGGAGCCCCGCAGGAAUCAUGCCCAGAUCCUUCCUGGUCAAGAAGGUCAAACUUGACACGUUCUCCUCGGCGGACCUCGAGAGCUCCUACGGGCGCGCCCGCAGCGACCUCGGAGUGCGACUGCAUGAGAAAGGAUACCUCAACGACUACGCGGGGCCCGCCUCCGUCUACGAUGGCGAUGCCGAGGCGGCCUUGCUCAAAGGGCCGUCCCCAGAGCCCAUGUACGCUGCGGCCGUGCGUGGAGAACUGGGCCCGGCGGCCGCGGGCUCGGCACCGCCUCCCACCCCGCGCCCAGAGCUGGCUACAGCCGCGGGCGGCUACAUCAACGGCGACGCGGCGGUCAGCGAGGGCUACGCGGCUGACGCCUUCUUCAUCACCGACGGGCGCUCGCGCCGUAAGGCCGCCAACGCCGCGGCUCCCUCCACGGCCUCCGCGGCAGCUCCCGACUGCGACGGCGGAGGCGGGGCCGGGGCGGGUGCGCGCGGCGCGGGGUCGGGGGCCGGGGCCCGGGGCGGCGCGCGCGCGGGGGUGAGCACGGAGGCGCGCGCGGGGCCUGGGGCUGGCGGCGCAGGGGGCCGGCACGCUUGCGGCGAGUGCGGGAAAACGUACGCCACGUCGUCGAACCUGAGCCGUCACAAGCAGACGCACCGCAGCCUGGACAGUCAGCUGGCGCGGCGGUGCCCGACGUGCGGCAAGGUGUACGUGUCCAUGCCGGCCAUGGCCAUGCACCUGCUCACGCACGACCUGCGCCACAAGUGCGGCGUGUGCGGCAAGGCCUUCUCGAGGCCCUGGCUGCUGCAAGGCCACAUGCGCUCCCACACAGGCGAGAAGCCCUUCGGCUGCGCGCACUGCGGCAAGGCCUUCGCCGACCGCUCCAACCUGCGCGCUCACAUGCAGACGCACUCGGCCUUCAAGCACUUCCAGUGCAAGCGCUGCAAGAAGAGCUUCGCGCUCAAGUCCUAUCUCAACAAGCACUACGAGUCUGCAUGCUUCAAAGGCGGCGCUGGCGGCGGCGGCCCCGCGGCCCAGGCGCCCGCCGCUUCGCCGCAGCUCAGUCCCGUGCAGGCCUAGGGCGGCGGCGCCUCCGCCAGCCCAGCCGGGUCGGCUCUCAGCAAUACGGGCCCCCAGGGAAGUCUCCGCCAGCUCCCCGGCGGAGGGGCCGGAGGGCGGGCCCCUCCUCACAGCAAUAGAGGGAGGGGGUCCGGCCCCGCCCCGCCCGCCAGGGGCCUUGUCGGCCCCUUCAAGCAAUAGGGUCCUGAGGGGAGACCCACCCCGAACCCCCUCCCUUCCCCUCCAGGGUGCCCCAGGCUUUUUCCCAGCAAUAGGGUCGAGGAGACCCAGAACCGAACCUCAUCUCCGAGUUAGGUCUCUGAAGACGGGGGUGGGGUGAGGUGGGCAGCACACCCCUCCUCCCUCCUCUGCGCCCCUGGAUCGCGUCGCAGAGACUCAGGUCUUCCCCACCCCUUUCCCAAGCCUUCCAAGGGCCAGGCCUGCGGCCUAGACGUCCAGGGAGCAGACGGGGGGAGGAGCCGGAGGGGGGGGUUCCUGCAGAGGCGUCCCUACUCCUCAGUCUUCGCUGAACCCCAGGAGUGAUAGACGCGUUGGGGAUCAGGGAGAGAGGCGGACGGCGGCACCCCUCUCCCUCGGGUUCUUUCUGGGGCCUCAGUCCAAGCCGCUCUCCCGCCCUCGCCUCGCAUCCUCGGCCAAAUCCGAAUUCUUCCAGCCCAGCUUCCCGGGCUCUGUCCUUCAUAACGAAUAAUAAUGACGCAUAUCGAAUCGCAUGGACUUAUCCGACCUCCUCAGACCCCACUCCCGCCCUGCCCCGGGGCCCCCUCCCUCGUCCCCGGGCAUUCGGUGUUGGAGGACGGAUCCUGGGGCCCGGCAGGCAGGCCUGGGCACGGCUCAUUACACACCUCUCUGUAUUCGCUUUGCGGGUAAAGCCCCCUGGGGGGGUUGCGGAUGCGUCGGGUUUCUUUCUUUCUGUAUUUGUACGUUUUAUUUAUGAACGGAUUGCACUCGGGUCAGGGAAGGGGCGCUGAGGCCCCCAUCCUUCCCGCCGACGCCGGGGGCUCGGGAUGUCCGGGAUCACUUUCCCCGCCCCUGAACCCCGCCCCUACCUGGGCCCUACCCUCGAGCCCCAGGCCCCGCCCCCACUCUGUUGCCAACUUUCGCCCGUCUAUGCCAAAGCCUCGGCGGCGACCCCGCCCCAAGGGCCCGCCCCAUUGGCCGCCGCCUUUGUGACGUCACUGCAUGCAGCCCCAACCCUCCUCCUGUCCCUUCCCGGGGCUGCCCGCUCCCUCUCCCUCUUAGUUAGUCCGAUGCCGACUAUAGAGCAAUAAUGCGCACUGCAUGCGAAGCUGCCGCCGCCUCUAGAGUUACUGAGAAUCAGGUAUCCCCCUGCCCUAUCCACCCCAUAGGCCCCUAGAUCAGGGACAUUGCGCGGGGCCGGACGCGCAGACUUUCUUCCCCUCCUCCUCCCUACUCCCCCACGGCAGAGCCCUGCGGGUGUAAUGGUUCCAGGGGCAGGGGCGGGGUGGUUGCCCCCAAGACCCCUCCUUCAGUCAUCCAUCACCCACCUACUCUGUGCCAGGCCCG